AUGAAACCAGACGGUGUGUCAUGGACGGUGCUCAUCACAGCCUUGGGCCAUAGCCAGCAGAGCUCGAGCGCGGAGCUCGUGUUGAGCAAAAUGCCGCAGGUGUCGGAGAUCUCCUGGAACGCUCUCCUCUCGGCCCACGCUCGCGAACGAUGCUCGCCAUCGAUCGAGAAGGACCUUCACGGGCCCUGGAGCAUCUUCAAGAACAGGAUGGAGAGGAGGGACGAUCUCUCGUGGACGAUAAUGGUAUCCGCCUUCGCGGACUCGUCCACGCCUGAGAAAUCUCGCCGGGUCUUCGAUCGAAUGCCACAGUGGAGCUUGCUGUCGUGGAAUGCGCUGCUACGAUCUUACGUCCAGGCCGGUCGCAUCACAGAGGGAGUGUGGAUCUUCUCGCGUGCCAUGCCGCAGCGCAACAGCUUCUCCUGGAACAUCCUCAUUGCGGCUCUCUCUCAGAGCAGCCACCUCGGCGAUGCGAGGGAGCUCUUUGCCGCCAUGCCCGCUCGUAGCAUUGUGUCGUGGAACUCGAUGAUCCAGGCGCUGGCCCUCAAUGGCGAGCCACGGGCCGCCAUCGCGCUUUACUGCGGCAUGGACCAGGAAGGCAUCCCUCCCAGUGAUGCCACCUUUGCGAGCAUCCUCGAGGCGUGCUCCAUUGCCUCGGCGCUCGAGCAAGGCAUGGAAAUCCACCGGGAUAUCGCCAUUGCCAAUCUGGUGAUCAAGGCUUCGCUCGCAAGCGCACUCGUCAACUUCUAUGGCCAGUGUGGCGGCGGCCUGGAUCGAGCCCGGGAGAUCUUCCACGGGGCUCCUCCUGCAGCGGUGUCGGGGUGGAAUGCGAUGGUCGCAGCGCUGGCGAGGCAUGGGCAUGGCCAUCAAGCGGUGGAGCUCUUCAUCCGGAUGCUGCUCGAGGGAAUGGAGCUGGACAGUGUCGCAUUCCUGGGAAUUCUCACUGCCUGUGGCUACGCGGGGAUGGUGGAGGAGGCGAGGGAGCUAUUCGUCCUUAUGGCGGAGCAUGGGAUCGCCGCUGGAGCCGAGCACUACCACUGCCUAGUGGAGGUGGUGUGCCGGGCGGGGGAGCUCGAGCGAGGUGUGGAGCUGACUGUAAGCAUGCCUUUCCAUCCGGGCGUGAUUCCAUGGAACAUGAUACUAAACGUGUGCAGCACUGUUCUGGUGGAUGGGAAAGUUGGCGCCUGGGUUGGGGGCGAGAUUAUGUUGCUGGAACCCGUGGAGUCUGCGCCGUAUGUGAUGCUCUCCAACCUUUCCACUGCCUGCAUUUAG